AUGGCGAGCCAUAUCAUAUGGGCAUUUUGUGUCAAUGUAAAUGGUGGUUUCGAUAGAAGGAGUAACAACUUAAGCAAUGGCAUUGUGAUUCGAACUGGAAAGCAAAAAAUGAUAAAUACCUUCAACAAUCAUAGAGAAAACAAUAAAUCUAGUCCGAUGGAUAAUAAUCUAGCGGAUAUGUAUGGCCGUCUUAGCCUUACGGAGGAGGAAAACGUUGCGAUAACUCUUGAAGAUGUGGUGGAUGAUAGACUGGAUGAGAAAGCUUCUCUCAGUCUGGUUGGGAAACUAUGGACGCGGAAACCAUAUAACCUGCAACACCUGAAGAAUGCUAUGAUGAGCGCCUGGCGCCUUGCGAAGGGCUUUGCUAUGCGUGAUAUUGGGGAUAACCUGUUUGUAGCUGAAUUUAAUUCUAAAGCGGACCGCAAUAGGAUUCUUCGCGAGUCCCCUUGGCACUUCGAUAAACAGAUAAUUAUUUUCCAGGAGAUGACUGGAAAUUUACAGCCAAAUAACGUUCAUAUGCAUGAGAGUCCAUUCUGGGUUAGGGUUUACGAUCUCCCUAUGAAUUGUAGAGGAAAAGCAGCCAUUGCUAAGAUUGGCUCAAAACUUGGUAGGGUUUUGGAAUGUGGUGAAGUAGGGAAUGAAGGAUGGAGUAGGUUCGAAAGGAUCCGAGUUAUGGUGGAUGUUUCUAGGCCGAUUUGUUGGAUACCGUUUAAAUACGAACGAAUCCAAAACUAUUGCUACUGGUGUGGAUGUCUGGACCAUACUAUUACUGAUUGUGAAACAAAACCGGAUCAAACGGACGUCUCAGAGUGGCCAUAUGGACCCAUGUUACGUGCUACACCCAGAAAACGUAGCUUGAUGGGAGGUAGACAGGCUAUGAGUGGUGAUGGUUAUACAGGAGAGAAACGUACUGAUGAGGGUAUGAAUGAGCAAACUACAAAUCCAGGAACUGUUAGAAGAUCACUUAACCUGAAUUAUGCAAACACAAUCGAUGUAACUGAAAUCUUAGCUGAAAAUGUGAAUAUCAUUGAGUCGGAGAUGGGUAGAAGAAAUAUUGUUGAUGGGGGCUCGGCUAAAAAAGACAAUUUUCUGGCUUCGGGGGAUUUUGUUGAAAUAAGUGUUGCACAGGUUCAAAAUUCCAAUCAGAUUAUUGACAGUUCUAAGGAAACUAGCAAGACGAGUAGUAUGGGGAAAAAGGAUAAAUCUGCAAACAAAGGUUCCUGGACUCGGCUUAAAGGAAAAAGGGAUAGAGAUACUGAUGUGGGUACGAGUAGUGGUAGAAGUGGUGCUACCAAAAGACCACUGGGCAGCAAUGACAGUGUGGUGGAGGAGAACAAUCUUUUCUCAAAAAAGGCAAGGGAUGGAUUGACGCUUCAGUUCGAAAAUUUUGAGAUAUCGGCGGAGACUGUUGAUCAGUCUCGCCGGAUGCAAUGA